GCCUUAAAGAGAAGUGAUAUGAGUUCUGACUCUGAGAAAGUUUUUAAAAAUUUGGGAACAAUGGAAGAAAUUCGAAAUGCAGCAUUAUACAAUCAAACUUUAAGCGAGGAAAUGAAAAUAGCUAUCAAAGAUACUCAAGAAAUUUUACAAAAUAGAACUACCCGAUUGAAAUUACAUAAUCAGAAAUUUAAGUGUAUUGACCCAGCUACUUACAAAGAAAUUAAUAAUUUAUUUGAUAUUUUAAAAAAGGUUGAUCCUACCGUUACUCAAAAUAAUACUUCAAAAAAUAAACUUCGUACUUGUGUUGAUUUACAAGAAUUUAUUAAAUCUCAUUGUUUAAUCAAAAAGUGCGGAAAAAAUGAAUGUGUUAUUUGUGUUUCUAUUCGAUUACCACAGGAGAUUUUUAAUCAAUUACAUUUUAUUCCAGACCCACAAAUUUCAAGUGAUCCCGAUCACUAUCAAGAUUUCAAUUCACUAUACGGACGUAAUACUACUGAAAUUGACCUUCCAAGUAAAAAAAAUAACCUAGUAUGUCAAGAGCUUGCACCAGAUGGAAUGUUAGUUGCUGCAAGGAAUCCGAUAGUGAAAUAUUGCAAACAGCUAUGGAAACAUUUGCAUAUAUAUACAUGUGGUUCGCCUAUUGUUCCAGAAAAUCAUCCUUUAUAUAAUAAGGUGUUUGUUAGAAUGAAUUUGGCUUGUGAUUCACCAAUUGAGCAGACUUAUUAUUCAUGUAGAAUUGAACAUUCACAAGUUUGUUACUAUUGUGGUGAGGAGGAUAAUCUUAUCAACCCAUCACCAGAAGUUUUAUCCCGAUUUAGAACAGUAUAUCCUUUAUGCGAGGUUUGUCAAAAAAAUGGUGUAACUUUUUUUACAAAAGGUAAACUUCAAAUGAAAAAAAAGCAACGUGUAUAAUUGAAAAUAAUACUAAAAUAUAAAAUAAAGAAUAGUUACUUUUU